AACGCCUCAAGUGCCACCGCAGGUUUUGCGAAGAGGGAAGAGGAUCCUCAUUUGCGCUUUGUCUUUUAACAACAUCCCUCUCUGUAGCUUAUAUUCCGUUAAAGUAACACGUUUCUUUCUACUAAAGUAACGCCGGAACAGCGAGGUGGUAAACCUCUUGAAGAUGCUUCAGUCUCUCGCCAGCAAUUCCUGUGUGCGUUUGAUACAGAGUCACAAAUCGACGUGGUAUUUUGUCUCCCUGGUCUUGGGGUAUCUUCUGUAUCUCAUAUUCGGCGCCGUCGUCUUCUCGUCGGUCGAGCUGCCGUAUGAAGACCUGCUUCGCCAGGAGCUGAGGUCCGUCAAGAAGCAGUUCCUCCAGGAGCACGAAUGCCUCUCCGAGGAGCGUCUGGAGCAUUUUUUGAAGAAAGCCCUGGAGGCCAGUAACUAUGGGGUUUCCAUUCUCAAUAACGCCUCGGCUAACUGGAACUGGGACUUCACCUCUGCGCUGUUUUUUGCUAGCACGGUGCUGUCCACCACAGGAUAUGGUCACACAGCACCACUGUCAGAUGGAGGAAAGGCCUUCUGUAUUAUAUACUCAGUGAUUGGCAUCCCCUUCACCCUCCUUUUCCUGACUGCUGUGGUGCAGAGGAUCAUGGUGUUGAGCACACGGAGGCCCAUCAUGUACAUCCACACACGCUGGGGCUUUUCCAAGCCGCUGGUUGCCAUUGUUCACGCCACUCUGCUCGCCACGUUGGCCGUCUCUUGCUUCUUUCUCAUCCCUGCUGCCAUUUUCUCAGCGCUGGAGGAGAACUGGAACUUCCUGGAGUCCUUCUACUUCUGUUUCAUUUCUCUCAGCACCAUCGGCCUGGGCGACUACGUACCUGGAGAGGCUGCUAACCAGAAGUUCAGAGAGUUCUACAAAGUGGGCAUCACUGUCUACUUGAUCCUGGGUCUGAUAGUCAUGCUGGUGGUGCUGGAGACCUUCUGCGAACUUCAGCAACUGAAACAACUGAGGAAAAUGUUCUACCUCAAGAAGGAGAAGCCACAGGACCGCCUCGCUAUUUUGGAGCACGACCACCUGUCCUUCACCACCGUGUCCAACAGAAGCACACCCCACAGCGACGAAAAAACCCAGCAGUUUGUUAGUGUCCCAACUCUGGCCUCUCCCAAUGAUGAUCCUAUGAUCCAGUAAAUGUCAGAGUAAACACCUAAUAGGGGAGGAAAAUAUGAAAGCAGGGGGUAAUGCACGCAAGAGUAGAGGUAGUAGAUAGAAUGAGUAGAUCACCAUCUCAGCUGUAGGCAUUCUGCAACACUCAGCCCUGCAAAUUUAGUAGUAAAACUGGCUGAGAAUACUCAGAUCAAGCAAACAGUCUUAUCUACAAAACCACAGUACUGACAAUAUAGUAUUACACAGCAGAGAUUAAAUUUAGGCACAUUAAUAAAGGAGACAAUAUUUUAACAGUGAUUAUGAACACAAAGUCAGGGAUAGAAGAAAAGGCUUCUGCUGUAUUUAUGACUCAGAAACUAAGCGCCUUUAUGAGCUGCAUUAUUUAUUGCAUAUUUAGGAAUACUUUACAAAGUAAUUGGUCUCUUAAAUCUAGCAGGAAUACAGGACAGAUCUCUGUUGUCUGUCACAAAAUAGUACAUAAAUAUGUAUGUAUCUUAUAAAUAGGGAUGUUUAACAGGUAUGUGGAAUGUACAUAAUCAGGUAAAUGUUUUAAAUGUACAGUACAGAGGCUCCUUGAAUUAACACACCUGCUAAAGAUGAGCCAAAGUGGAGCCAGAACAUACAAACAUCUACAAGUAAAUAGCAAUCAUUUCGGUUAACUUUGAGUUGUUUACUUGUAAUGUAUCUUCACAUCCUUUUUUUUUUUUUUUUUUUUUUUUAAGCAAUUUCUGUGGAGUGGUUUGUGAUUGGUGCAAUCUAAUCAGUUUGUUGCUGUGUGAGCUCUACAACGCUUUAUUGCAUUCCUAGCAGUUGAAUUGGCUCCUAUUGAUUUUUCUAAAAAAAAAAGUUUCAGGGCUCUGCUUCUGCAUAAUGUGGGUCACAAUUGACUGAAAGAGAGGAUACAGUUUGAAAGGAGGGACGAUGAAUCAUGUUUAUGCGCAAUAAACAAGGCAGAGUUCAGAAGAUGUCAUAAAAGUAUGCUAUUUUUAAAAAGUGAAAGCAGACUUUGCUCCAGGAGCUUCCAAGAAGAAACAAUAUACUCCAUGUGUAAGGACAGAGGUGUGUUUUGUAGCAUCUUUGGGUCAUCUUUAUAGAGGUGUUGACUUUUCUGGUUGCUAUCCACGUUGUCACAUUUCAUCGUGAGGGAAAAUAUUUUCUCAUGUUGCAGUGCUAUUUCAGAGUCGUCCAUGUGUGAAGCACUAUAAUUUAUUGAUUUCGUCUGAAUGGCUUAAUGUGUGAUGGACUGUGUGAAAAGGGAAGUGAGGUUAGCCCAGCUUGUAAAGGGAACUAUAGAGGGCUGGCCUGUUGCAUUUUACGGUCAAUGAAGAGAGCUCUGUUUGGUACAGAAAAAAAUAACGGUUGAAGUUUCUCUAAAAGAAAGGAGUUCAGAUUUCAUCCAUGAAAACAGCAGAUAUUUUUAUUCAAAUGGCACUUGUGGAUGAUCUGUAAAAGCUUGGGAAUUGCUCUAAGCUAGUAAAGCAUUUGGUUGAACUAUUUUACUGCAUUUGGUAAAUUUGAAUGUAGAAAUGUAUAUUUUUGAAUACGACAUAAGGGAAGUUUGCAACAUUUUGUGACGUAGUGAAAGCAAUUCUGUACUAGAAACAGUACAGUAGGAAAACUUGAAAUUAUGAUUUCAAGCAGCAGGAGUGCAGCUAGAACAUCCCAGGUCUAACUAUAUACCGCGUCAGUUUUAAAUCUGCUUGUCAAACUAGAACCAUGUUCAAUAUUUAAAGCGGUGGAUAUACACGCUUGCAAGUUUUUAUGAGAUAUCGCUCCUCUGUAGUUUUAAGAAUAUAUUUCUAAGUUAAGGAAAAGGUUUUUGUCUGAAGGAAUAAUUUCAAGUCAGUAUCCGUCCUUUAAUAUCCCGCUUUGUGUACAGACGACCACACAAACAGCGCAGCGUACUGCUGUAACGACAAUGUUUUUGUCAUUUUUUAUUUUGUAGUACAAAUUACAAGAGAGACGUGCAUUUUAAAUUAAUUUUAACAAUGUCACAGUCUUGAUAAGGAGUUGAAGUUCUGACCUCAUUUUCUCUGGUACAUUUACACAUCAAGACAAUGUCGCAGCUUUUUUUAAAGUCUUGAAUGUCAUGUUUUUUAAUGCUUUUUGCUACAGUGAGAUAUGAGGCCUGGUCACAGCGCAGCUUUAGUCGUUGCUGCUCUGGAUUAUUUGAAACAUUUGCGUAAAGGUGAGCUCAAGUGAAGCAUCAAGGCCGCUUGUAAAAUUAGCUUUGACUGUGUCAUCCGAUUCGUUCACUGAUCUUUAAUAUUUUAUGGAUCACUUGUUCUUUUUUUUGUUUUAACCAUUCUGGGCCUUCAUGUGAAACAGUGAUAUCCUUCAGUUUGUCUGCUGAGAAGAAAGGGAACUUAAAUUUUGCAAACGUGGAUUUUCUCUUUUACUGUAAGAUGUUUCACUGUUUUGUAGAUACCUUAAAUAGAUUGAUGUCAAGGCUUUGAUCCUGCAGCGCUACUAUUUUCAGCAGUGUUUGUCUUCAUGCACAUACAGUUUGUCUUGAAUGUGAAAGCUGUCAGGUAAAGUAGUUCUAGUUUUGUUCAGGGAAUACACAUUGUGUAAAGGAUUACAAAUGGAAGCACACUGACAUUAUUUAUUUAUGCUGCGAAAACAGACAUGUUUGGAAUUUUUGUAGUCAUAGGUUUUUGUAGAUUUCAUAUCUCUUCUGUUGUUGUGGUGGAUACUCUAGAUUCAUAUGCACAGCUCAGUAUUUCAUUGUUGCAAUACCAAUAUUGUAAUACAGGGUUGCAAUGGAGUAGUAAGGUUUUUAUGUGAAAUUCAUUUUGUCAUAAGAAACAAACACAUGAACUGUACAAUAUCAGUAUGUCUUAAAUAAAGUGUUGGUUUCAUUUUA